GUGGACACUGUGGAUCAUGUGGAUCGUGUGGACUCUGUGGAACAUGUGGAUCAUGUGGACUCUGUGGAACAUGUGGAUCAUGUGGACACUGUGGAUCAUGUGGAUCGUGUGGACUCUGUGGAUCAUGUGGAUCAUGUGGAUCAUGUGGACUCUGUGGAACAUGUGGACACUGUGGAUCAUGUGGAUCAUGUGGAACAUGUGGAUCAUGUGGAACAUGUGGAUCAUGUGGAACAUGUGGACUCUGUGGAUCAUGUGGACACUGUGGAUCAUGUGGAUCGUGUGGACUCUGUGGAACAUGUGGAUCAUGUGGACUCUGUGGAACAUGUGGAUCAGGCUGAUUUGGAGGCAGACGUGAGUUCAGCAGAUGGUGAAACGAAGCUUGUGUCGGUGCAGCAGCCUGCUGCCUGCAGAGGACCUCACAGUGAGACUGGAUUAAUAAAACAGGACAGGACAGGUGUUUGUCAGACCUCCAGUCCUGAAACUGUGAAUCCUGAAGGUGUCCCAGCAGCUGAAAGCCUGUUUGAAGCUGCUGCUUCAGACACUGAAGAAGCACUAAAACCAGCAGCUGAGCCUCACAGAGAGCCUCCUGUGUUCGAGGACACCUCCAGCUCUGCAGCUUCAUCCAAACAGUCACCAGGAGAGGAGCCACACAAACAUCUGUUCACGUCUGCAGCUGCUCUGUCACAUCAGGACACCUUCAACAGGCUGCAAGAACAAGAAGUCAUCAGUUUGUUAGAAGGACCCCAGCAGUUCCUUAAAGUCAGCUCUGCUGGACCUGAAGAGGACCUGAGGGACAGUCAGCACUGGGCUCCACUCCAGUCCCACAUCUUUACCAAGCUCAGCUCUUUGACGAGCUUCCUGCAGGAGCAGCAGAGCAUGACCAGCUCCGAGCAGGGACACAACCAGCAGAGUGUGCUGAGCAGCUGUCUGACAGGAGGGGGCUCCUUGCUGAGGGGGGUCUCUGGUCUUCUGGACCUGGGAGAAGAAUGUCUGCUGGAAAGAGGAACGGGCCCAGUGCCCCCCCGCAGUAAACAGGAAGCUGUUCUCUGCAGACACCAGAGACUCCUGCAGGUCCUCAGCUCCCAGCUGUCUUUCCUUCAGUACCUGUUCCAGCGUGAACCUGGUGCCCUCCAGGGUCAGCAGGAUGAAUGGGUGCAGCUGGAGGUUCAGGUCAAAGCGCGGCAGCAGCAGGCUGUGGAGCAGGAAGCAGCUGCUGAGAAGAAGCUCCAGGACUGGAUCUGCUGGGAGGGUCUUUGUGCUCGGCUGGUUCAGCUGUUGGACCAGUCUGAAGCCUGCGUUGGUCCUGAGGRACCACAGGGAGGUGAUGAUGAUGAAGAUGAAGAGCAAACAGUUCAGAGAAGACUGGAGGCCUGCAGGAACGCUGUGCUGCAGCUGGAUGAGGGUGGGCUCGUGUUGGGGACCCUCCUGGACCAGAAGAAGCUGCUGCAGGCAGAACCCUGGUGCUCUGGCUCAGUGGCUCAGGCAGGGGGCGCUCUGGAGCUGCGAUGGAAACGUGCCUACAGGCGGAUGGAGCAGGAGGUCCAACGGCUGAAAGAGAUCCAGGAGCGCACAGCCAGAUUCCACACUGACUCCUCUUCAGUCAACGAGCGUCUCCUCAGUGCCAGCAGACACCUGAAGACCCUGUCAGACCAGGCAGAGUCCUCCCACCUGAGUCAGGAGGAACUUCAAAGCACUUUGGUUGAUCUGCUGGACUUCUCUCUGGAGGCCGAGGCCAUCUCCAGGAUGAGGGAGUCGGUGUCGACAGAAGGUGCUGAGCUGCUCCACCUGAGGGAAGCAGSUUGUCCCACACUGAGGAGGCAGCUGGCUCAGAUGGAGGCGGUCUGCAGCAGGAUGACCUCUGACCUCUGCAGGGUUCAGCAGCAGCUGCUGCAGAGUCUGAUGGCUGCAGAGCCGCCGCUGAAGCUGCUGACUCAGCUGAAAGACUGGCUGGACAGAACCCAGGCUCAGCUGGACCAGGACAAACAACUCCUCUACCAGGCCAAAAACRCUGCUCAGUUUGCUGAAAUCCUGCAGAAACAUCAGGUGUUGAAGAAAGCUCUGACCAGUGGUCAGCUCCUCUUUGAUCUGAUGUCACAGCCCGGGCCUCAGGUGGAGACGGCAGCAGACCUUCAGAACCUGAGCUCAGAGAGAACAGCGUUCUCAGAGGARCUCGGCACCAUCAGAUCCCAGUGGUUACAUCUUCAGAGGGAGCUGGAGACACUGGUUUGUGAUGUUGAACACAUCCAUCACACCUGUGCAGAACGGGAAGCACGCCUGCAGAAACUUGUCUCCUGGAUAGAGCAGCAGAAGCAGCAGCUGGCUCGCUGGGAACGGCCCACCAGUCAGACUCUGGCUCGYAGAGCUCUUCCACAGUGGGAGGCUGCUGUCGGCAGAGUGAAGGAGGUCUCUGCAGCUCUGUGGGAGCUGAGAUCCACCCGGGUGCAUUAUGGGAAGGGAGAAAAUCAGCCGAGUGACGUGGCCUUCUGGGACCGAGCAGAGUGUGUUGGUCAGGCGUGUAGAGGUCUCAGUCAACAGCUGGAAGCCCUCAGGCCUGCUCUUCAGCACACUGUGGAGGAGUGGACGUUUUUCCAAGGAGCUCUGGGGGACAUUUCUCUGUUUACCACCAGGGUGCGCUGUGCCCUGCAGCGUCAGCAGGCUCCUCUCUUCUCACUGAAGCAGGCUGAAGGAUACUCAGACUUCCUCCAGGAGCUCCAGGUGGAGGUGGAGGAGGAGGAGGAGCACCUCUGGACGGCUGCAGAGAAAUCCUACCAGAGGCUGGAGGAGACGCUCCAUCAGGGAGCAGCUCAGGCGCUCGCUCACAAAGUAGAAGAAGAGCGGAAACGGUGGAAGAAAACUCUGCAUCAGAUCAAAGAUGAGCGUGAAAAGACUGCAAAGACCUUUUCCCUGUGGAAGGAGUACAGCCGCCUGUCAGACAGCUGCUCUCAGCGCCUGCAGCACCUGUGGGCGGAGCUGUGGAGCUCUUCACCUGAAAACCACCUGCAGUCUGACGUUUGUUCUGUCCAGAAGCUGCAGGGUGGGGCUGACAAGCUGCAAAGCAUCAUGGGAGAAGUGCUGGAAGCAUCGCAGCAUCUUAUUGGACAGCUGGAACCUCUGGCUGCUGAACUGAUCCAAUCAGAAACAAGGCAGCUGACGUGUGACCUCCUGCUGCUGCAGCAGGCCGUGGCAGGAAAACAUCGAAGUCUUCAGAUGAAUUUGGAGCAGCAGCAACACUUUGAGACUCAGCUGGAGGCUCUGGAGGAACAUCUGCAGAGGCUGGAGGCUCCUGACACCGACUCUGUGAAGCAGGUUCUGUUGGAGCUCAGUCAUCUGCUUCCAUCUCUGCUGGACGUUAAGGAGACCAGUGACUUCCUGACUCUGAACCAGCAGGAGACAGAGAGAGUUCACACGCUCUACAGGAAGUGGAGAGAAAACAUGGCUGUGGCCUCAGACACUUACAGUGUGUUGAAGAGUGGGCGGAGCUUCACUCUCCUGUCCUCACCUGGACGAGUGAAGUGGGCCAGCGUUUGAGUGAAACCCUGGGGGAGUCGGACUGUGGGAGAGGACUUCUGUCAGAGCUUCAGGACAUGAAGAAGAGCUGGGAACAGAUCAGAGCACAGCUCCAGACAAACAAACACCUGGCUGCUACUGCUGUCCAGCUGUGGUCUGAGUGUCAGAGCUCAGUGACCCGCCUCCAGUCUGAGGUCAGCAAGGUCAGAAACAUGCUGCCUGGAAGAGCUGAAGACCCCCAGGAGCCCCUCCUACAG